UCUGUGUAACUCUGUGGAUACUUUCUUUUGCUCCCUGCAUCCUUCUUCCUGAUUCAGGAUCGUCUCUCCUAGAAACCAAACAUGACUUUCUACAGGCACUCAGGUCCACGUAGCUACCUCAGCUCCACCAUGUCAGACCGCACUGACUGCUUCUACUGCAGAGACAACCUGCAGGGCAAGAAGUACGUCAAGAAGGAUGAUAAGCCUGUGUGUGUGCGCUGCUUCGAAAAGCUGUGUGCCAACACCUGCGCGGAAUGCCGUAAACCAAUCGGUGCUGAUGCCAAGGAGCUGAACCAUAAGAACCGCCACUGGCAUGAGGACUGCUUUCGCUGUGCUAAGUGCUACAAACCACUGGCCAAUGAACCCUUUGCGGCUAGAGAUGAUGGCAAGAUCAUGUGUGGGAAGUGCGGUGCCCGUGAGGACUCUCACCGUUGCCAGGGCUGCUACAAAGUCAUUGUUCCAGGGGAAAAAAGUGUGGAGUAUAAGCAUAAGUCUUGGCAUGAGCAGUGCUUCACCUGCUUUGAAUGCAAACAGCCAAUCAGCUCUCAGAGCUUCCUGACCAAGGGUGAUGAUUUCUACUGCUCCUCAUGCCAUGAGAAGAAGUUUGCCAAGAACUGUGCCCGCUGCAAGGAGCCCAUCACCUCUGGUGGGAUCAACUAUCAGGACAAGCCUUGGCACUCUGAAUGCUUUGUGUGCCACACCUGCAAGAAGCCCUUGGCUGGUGCUCGCUUCACUGCUCAUGAGGAUGAGUUCUACUGCGUGGACUGCUACAAGACAUCUGUGGCCAAGAAAUGCUCCGGCUGUCAAAAUCCCAUCACAGGGUUUGGCAGAGGGACCAAUGUGGUGAACUAUGAGGACAAAACCUGGCAUGAAUACUGCUUUAACUGCAAGAAGUGCUCUCUGUCCCUGGCCCACAAGCGCUUCGUCAUUAAUGGAGAGCACAUCUACUGCACUGACUGUGCCAAAAAGUUGUGAGGGCUAGAAAAAUGGGGUCCCCCAUUGAUUUCACUUUAGAAUGUUUUCAACCCAAGUUCUAACUGUGCUUAUAAUGAAUUGAGCAAAUAGCCACAGCAUUAACACAAUGCAAAUUAGAUCAUGGUGACUACUAGCUUUGUACCAUUGUUAGCUGUUUAUCAGUAUUUCUGAUUCAUUGAUUUACAGAAUGGUUAAGUAGACAUGCCAAAUACACAAAUUCAUCAGUGAGCUAAAAAAGGAAGUGUUAAGAAAGGGUUAAUUUCUUUGCUUUUAGUUAUGAGCUCAAAUCACAGGCUGAAAUUGUAUUUUUGUAAGCAGAAAAAUAGUGAGUGGUGUGGAAUGAAUAACAACUACACUUUUAUAGUCAGUUAUCAGCAACUUAACAGCAGCAGAUGGGUGCUUUGUUGGCCAGCAAUAAUAAUAAUAAUAAUAAUAAUAAUAAUAAUAAUAAUAUCAUCAUUUUUUUGAUUUAGGACAAGCUCAAGUUUGAACUGUGUGAAAUCAUACCAAGACAGGCCUUACUGGAAAAUUUCUUGUCCUGAUUUUUUUUUUUAACCAUUUCAUGUUGCUUUGUGAAAAUGUACUUUGCUUGUUUCACAUCAUUAACACACCUGAACAUUAUCUUUGACAUUAUGGCAUUGUGUGGCCUACAUUUAACAUGGGAGCCUUGGCAUGUCAAUAUAUACUUUGUCUAUGGAGUUCUGAGUGAAGUAAAAACUUAUAAGUUUCAAA